CCCGGAUAAACCUGUUCUGGAGGGAGUGACUUGAUUCAAGCGCCGUCCAAUUAUCUGAUAGCAGCAUUUAUCCGCCGCUACAGCCCCGUCUAGUCAUCCGCAAACAGGCGUGAACCGAUGUGGAAGGAAUGUUCGUCUGAAUAUUUUAUCUAACGCAGAGAAAAGAAAAAACGCGUGGGGAAAUUCAUAAUCGGGUGAAGACGCGGCUCCAUUCACGCGACCCUAUUUUUAGGGCGCUCGCGCCGUGUCUACUAUCAGUAAUAGUGAUUACGCUCGCGUGAGAGACCGCUUACAAAUCUGCGGAGGGAAAAGAAAAGGGACGGGAGAGCUCCAGACAAACGGAAACUGUGGCCAGACUCCAGAGGCUGUCAAUUGAGUUCGCCCUUCUUGAUGAGAUAGAUUUACAAGCUUUGCCCGGCCAGCGUGUCUGUCAGACCGUCUGUCAAAGCAAUCAACAGUUGGUGCGAGCGCGCGAUUAAAGGGACUUUGCAUGCACGAGACGCUUCAGUGAUGGGUGUGUGAUUUCAGCACCUCAGCAGCCCUAUGGACACCCGCUUGCGUGUGACUGAAUUGUUCAGUAAUAUGGAAGACAGACUGUUGCACAUCGUGAUGCAUUGGAUGCUUUUGCGUGUUUAGGAGCCUUCAUUACAGCAGACUAGAGACACGAGAAUGAGCAGUCUAUUCACGGCUCCCGGUGCUUUUGCUUUUAUUCACGUUUUGCAACUGGUGUAAAAAGACUAGAGACAGAGAGAAUCCCACACAGUCCAUCCUUACUGGAUUUAAGGGCGCAUUGCUGUUUUUCCCUUGACCUUGCCUUUUGACGCUCAAAAGCAGCAUGCUAAUGAUGGAGAGCAGCGGGGUAGACGCGCAUCAGGUUGAACUGGACGCCGACUAUGAGCCGCACUGCCGCCCGAGGUCGUGCACCUGGCCGCUGCCGUGUCCGGAGGAGGAGAGCCGCGCGCUGCCUGUGAAAGUGGAGCCGCGCAACGUGCCGGCGUGCCGGAGCGGAGGGGCGCCGACGGAGUUCAAGCAUCCAGCCGGCGCCCCUGCCCCUAUCGCGGCCGCCCCAGCGUGCAUGUCCGGCGCCGCGCUGGAUGUGGCCGGCCAGCUGCGCAAAUCCAAGUCGUCGCGACGGAACGCGUGGGGCAACCAGUCGUACGCGGAUCUGAUCACGCGUGCCAUAGAGAGCACCCCCGAGAAAAGGCUCACCUUAUCGCAAAUCUACGACUGGAUGGUGCGCUUUGUGCCCUAUUUCAAGGAUAAAGGAGACAGCAAUAGCUCAGCCGGCUGGAAGAACUCCAUCAGACACAACCUCUCCCUACAUACCCGCUUCAUCCGUGUUCAAAAUGAGGGAACAGGAAAAAGUUCCUGGUGGAUGCUUAACCCAGAGGGCGGAAAGAUGGGCAAAGGGCCCAGAAGACGAGCUGUAUCCAUGGACAAUGGCACUAAAUACCUUAAGAGCCGAGGCCGAGUCAGCCGGAAGAGAGCAGGAGCUGUGGGAAUGGGCCGAGAGCUUGGAGGACCCGGAAUACAGGGAUCGCCAGAACACGGAAGCCCAGCUGGUAAGGGAGUAAUGGGAGUUGGGGGUGAAGAGUUUGAUGCCUGGACAGACCUCCACUCCAGAAUAAGCUCCUCUGCAUCAACGUUAAGUGGAUGCUUGUCUCCUAUUCUGGCUGAGACAGAACCUGAUGAACCAGAGGAAGGAGGACUUUCCUGCUCAGCCUCCCCAAGACUCUACCCUAGCCCCACCAGCACAAGAUCUCCAGCCCUGGGAACAGGGGGACACUGUCCAUCUGUCGAGCUCCCGCACCUAGCUGAUCUAACUGGAGCCAUCAGCUUGGAAGAGGGCUACUCUCAGCCUCUACCACUUAAGCGCAAUGGAUAUCACUAUGGCCCUGGGCCCAAAGGAGAGACCUCCUACUGUGGAACGGUCUAUGGCCAACCAUCCAUGGGCAUGCUUAGGCAUCAUACGCCUAUGCAGACGAUUCAGGAAAACAAGCCUACCAGCUUCCAGAGUGCUCUUAGGGCAUACUCAGAGAGCAAUGUCCUUGAAAGUCUGCUUGCUGGAGGGCCACAAUUCUGUGGUAAGGACAUGGUUGUGGGGCAAGGAGCAGCGUCCCAUUCCCUUAUGUCACAAUCUAACAGUGCCGUGCACUCUCAUGGCCACAAUCAGAGCCACAAUCACAGUCAGAAUCACAAUCAUAACCCAGAGCAUAGCCACAAUCGCAAUUCCAGUCAGAGUCUUCACAACAGCCAUGGAGUAACCCACGAGCAAAACCCAAGCCAUCAUCACAAUCCAAAUCAAGCUCAUAAUAAGCAUCACCCAGGUCUUGAAUACAAUCACCACAAACACCACCGUGGCCACGACUAUGUUCAAUCUCAUGACCACAAACUCAAUGCUAGUCCCAAUCCCAACCACAUGCACAAUCACCUGCAACACAACAACUCCAGACAACCAGACCUUUCUCCCAGGGGUAACAAUGACAUGUUGCAACCCUACAACCACAAAUCACCCAGCCUUUAUGGCUCACGUGCUCACCUUCCUUCUACUGCCCUGCCUCCUAACCCUGCCAGUGUCUUGGAUGUACCCCAAGACCCUUGUCGCCUGGCUUCAGCCCCUCACCCUCGCCAUCAGUCCUACCCAGGUUCCCACCUCCACCAGGGCAUGACAGAACCCUGGCAGGGUUAUUACCACCACACAUCACAGAAUUCUAAUUACCAUGGCAACCACCAAGCUAACCAUCACCAGGAUCCUCACAACCGGUUGCAGUCUGAGCUGGAACUGGCUGUGCAACAGAGCAGUCUGGAUUGUGACGUGGAAUCCAUCCUCCUGAACGACUUCAUGGAAUCAACAGAGGGAAUGGACUUAAACUUUGAUGGGUCGCUAUCACAGGGUGUUGGUAUGGGAAUAGGUUUGGGAAUGGGAAUGGGAAUGGGGGUUUUUGCAGGGCCUCAGCAAUCACAUAACAGCCAGAGUUGGGUGCCUGGGUGAACUGUGGGGGCAUUGAGGACCUACAUUUAGGCAAAACGUUCAACCAUACAGCCUUCUUAAGGGCAGCAGGUCAAGUCGGGAACUCAAUUGAACAAAUUGACCAAGAUUCCCUUUUGCUGAUGUCAUAUUCUGGACUCAGAGUUAUCCCUUGCCCCAUUUCCUUAAAAUCCCCCCUCACCCCUUCUAUUCCAUUUUCCCUCCUGUGGAAUAAUGUCAUAGCGGCCUAACAGUCCUUUCUGUGGUUCAUGUCCUUCAGUUUGUGCUCAAUUCAUCACCUCCAUGUCUUUCUGGGCAAAAGCUCUGAAGCACUUUACAUCGCCAUCUAUUCCGAUGCUGUAAUGACCACCCCGCAACCUGGAGGAAUCACAUUGUCUGCUGGCCUGGGUUUAAUGUAUGCAAAUGACUUUGUUAUCCUUCCUGAACAAAAAAAGUAAAUAAAUAAUUAAGCGUUGGUGUUGUUUUACUAAACAUGAGUACAGGAUUGAGCAGUUGCUAUAGCUGUCUGAGUGUCUGUGCUGUCAUUUGUGUAUUCGUCAGUGUGUGCGGGUGUCUGAGUGUUUGAGUGUGGAGCUGCUUUUCUUUGGUAAAUGUGUGCACCUCCUCCCAAGUAGGUCUAUUGGAUGUCCCUUUAUUGUGGGCCAGGACAGUCAUCCAUCAGACACACUCUAUUGAUAUUCAGCAUAUCCUUUUUAAUCUCCAAAGUAAUGCACCAGCUAUGCAUCACCGUUGAAAAUAGAAUGUGAUGCUUGGAGUGUGCAGGGCUGUUUUUCCCCCGGACACACAAUGGCUUAAUGUGUUUUGGCGAAAGUGAUGAUUAAAGUCACUCUGCAGUAAGUGGGGGGCAGGGGGAGGGGGGUAUUAGAAGGAGGUAGGGAGGGCAGAGAUUGAGAGAUAGAGGGGGAAAAGGAGAAAUGCAAAUAUUAUCACUAUGCCCCCUUCCUCUCAAUUCUGUGAAUUUAUAAAGCUUUCCCUGUAAUGAAAUAAGGAACGAUCCAACACUACAGCACAUCCUGUGCAGGGUUCUUUCCUGGUUCACCUCAGCCUAGCUACUCUGUGGCAGCCUUCCUCUGUCUUCAACCAAUGCACUGGCUUUAUUCUGGCUACAUUAGCAUUCUUCAUCCUUCUGCCUAUGCAGUGUUACCCUAGGUAAUCAAUGAUGAUUGAUAAAAUUUAAAGCUUUGUCAACCCUUAUUAACUGUGUGUUAAUGUAAUACAGAGCUGGAAUUGGGAAAUGUAUCCUUAAUGAAUUACAGCUUGACUAACCUGACUAACUAUUUGAUGGUAGUGCUACCUCAAGGUUGCAAAAGGGAAGGUGUCUCAUAAUCUGGUUUGAGUUCACAACAAAUUUACAGAAUGGCAAUUCCACCAUUUUCCAGAGCCUUUGUGUCCUACACUAGUGAACUUUAUGCUGAUUAAUUCAGUCAGCAAGCAAAAAAUGAGUGCUAUCUUCUCUUUGCAGACGUCCCCUAUCAUGUUGCCCUUAUCCAGUGAUCUCCCAGACUCAAGUAAUUAAGUGCAAGUGUAUAUUUUCUCAUUCUGAAUGUAAUAUAACACCAAGGAUUCAAAUAGAAAGACUCCUCUAAUUAUGACAUGGUUUGGUGAGGUUAGAGGAAACAUAUGGGGCAUAUUUAUGCACACAUUGUAGAUCCCAGUUGUCUUAUCCUAUUAUGGCCACUAGAUAGGGGUGGACAAAGCAAUGGAAACACCACAUAGAAAAGGAGUUUGAAGAGAAUGAUAGCAUAUGCCAAACAUAGUAAAAAUGCAUUGGCAAAGACAAACAGAAGUCGCAAGUCAGUGCUCACUGACAAUCAAAAACAUACGAAGUACAGCAUCAACAAUUGAAGGCUAUGUGAAUCAGUACUUCUCUGACCAAGUCUUUACAGAAGGCAUUUUCUAGCAUCAGAUGGUAAAAGCACUGUUCACUUGUGAUGUUCCAUAAUAAGAGGAUUAUAAUGUCUCCAUGCACACUACUAAACAAAUUCAAGAGUAAUUUCAUGGCUGCCAGGAUAAAGUCACCUUCCAUGGCCAAUCACCAAAUCAGAACAUCUUUGAAUUUUUAUGUAAAUUUCUGGACCACAAGAUUCCACCCCCUUCAUUACUAAAGAAUUGGAUAGGUCUGUUCCUUUAGCAUUGCAACAAGUACUUGUUGUGAAGGAACUCUUAUCAUUUCCUUGAUAUUUAUAUACUGUUUGGUGUUUCAGGUUAUUUUGUCCACUCUUUGUAUCUUUAUUUGCUUUUGUCUACCAUUAUUGAUGUUCCAUAAAGUGCAUCCACAUCCCCCCCAGGUUUUUUUUUUUUUAAUUAUUAAAUAUGCUGCCAGGUGCUUUCUCAGAGGCUAAAACUGUCCACAGAUACAUGACUUGGAUGCAGCUUUUUGUUCUGCUUAAAUUUUGAUGUGGAAAAACGUAAAUGGAGAGAGAAAUGGAGAGCGCAGUUAAAAAAGAUAAAGGAAGCUGACAGAGAGUGAGUUGAAAAGGACGGCACUAGGUUGCUUGAAAGAAAAAAAGCCCUCACAGAUAAAGAUGGUGUGUGUGUUUGUGUGCAUGAGAGAGAGAGUCUGUCAGAGUAGCUUCCCUCAGCAGAGCUGUUUGAAUCAGGCCAAAUUUCAAGUGGCUCUCUACAGUGUUUCUCACACAGCCCAAUCAGAUAGCCAUCCCUCUUUCUCACUGUCUCUCUAUCCUGCCAAGGACAAUGAGCCAUGUCUUCAUCCGCUUUCAUUACCGUCUUUAUGUUCUUUUCGAGGUGGCCAGGAAUCUGUUUUUAUCCAACUGUGAUUUUGCUGGCCUGCUCCUGCUUCAGUGCUCAGCUUCAUGUGUGUGUGAGCGUGUAUGUGUGUGUGUGUGUGUGUGUAGCACAGUGACGUACCUGAAAUGAUAUGAACAUGAAUUGAAAUUGUGCCCUGGUAUUUACUAUGCCUGGCUAUCAAUAAUAUAAUAUAAACAGUUUAUAUUUAUUGGGUAUAAAGAUGGGCUUGUGGAUGACAGUUUGGAGCUUGUGUAUCCCAUUCAUCUAUAUUACAAGAUCAUGAUUCUAUUACAGUUCAUUUCUGUCACAUGCUGUACAAAAAUCUGUAUUGAGAAAAUUGUAUAAUAUUUUUU